AUGACGAGCGAGACGAACAACAACAACGCGGCGAGCUCGAACGGCGGGCAGCUACCGCCAUCGGGGCUUCCGGCGAGCUGGUUUACGACGCCCAUUCCUGCGCGCUCGACCACAGACAGACAGCAGUACUCCCAGGAGUUUCGCGAGCGUGUUUCGCGGGUGACGCAGCGCGGCCAGAACUAUGUGUCGCAGCUUAACGAACCGGGCCGUGACUGGCCGCGCAGCUUUGUGGGCCAGAACACCAGGUUUUUCCAGCAAGCUGCCACGCCAUCUAGAAACACAAUUUCAUUAGCGGGGGCAGGAUUGGAGAGUGGGGUGGGUAUUGCGCGGCCCGCUGGAGGAAACAGCAAUUUUAUGCCAGCGAACAUGGUGGACGCGGAUAAUGACGUAGAUUUACUACACGAUGAGCAAGUUAUGUCUUAUUUGCCGCCUUCUGCAGAGGAGCGGCGGCUUUUCGAGUCCUUCCAGGCGGAGGCACGUUCGGUGUUCAGGCGGUCCAUAGAAACGAUUGGGAGACGAAAAUCACUACUACUGCAGUCAUUCGAGGCAGAUAACCUCAAGCUUCAACAACUACAGUCAGGACAAGUACAGUGGAGUGGGGAUGCGAAUGACCCAGAGUCCGAGAACAGAUACAUUAGUCGUUUGUCGAAAGUGCAGCGGAUUAGGUUACGUGCCGUGGAAAUGGAAACCUUGAAUAUGCAGCGUCUACGGGGCAACUUUCAGGUCACAAUGCAACAAUUUAAGAUCGAAGUACAAAGAUAUCUGGUAGCAAAAGCCAGGGGUGAGUAUCUGCGGAAUCCAGUGGAAUAUUUUAAGCCGCAGUUAAUUGACUGGGAUCCUCACAAAAAUAUGGGAAUAAAAAUUGCAUUGAUGGAAAACCAUAUGGAUGAAUCAGACUGGGACCGUUUGAGGCUGAUGGUUGAGUCUGAUCCGCCCGAGAAUACCAACACGCGUCCGCGUGCUCAGGCUCAACACAUCCACGAAAGCAUAGUACGGGCACCAUUUACGAAUGGUUAUAAUAAUAUUAAUAUUAACAGUAGGGUUGCAACUACUGCCAUAUCCACAACAACUAACCUAUCAUUCCCAUACAUAUUCCCAUUGCAGGAACUACCUCAGGAGAUACUUUCUCUUGUUUUAGAAAUGGUGGGACAGAAAACCGAUAUUGUACUGUUGUUGACUGUUUGCAAGGCCUGGGCCGCUAUCAUUGUUAAGCUUCUAUAUUAUAGACCGCAUAUCAAUAAAAAGCCGCAGCUUGAUUUGUUCAUGAACACUAUGAGGAAACCCGCAUCUGAGCUGGUCUUUGACUAUAGGCCCAUGAUUAAACGUCUUAACUUCUCAUUUGUGGGUGAUUAUAUGACGGAUGCGCAAUUGUUACACUUUGUCGGGUGUCCAAAUCUAGAGAGGUUGACUUUAGUAUUUUGCAAACAGGUCACCACAAAAUCUAUUGCAAAGGUGCUAAAGGGCUGCAGGUUCUUGCAAAGCGUCGAUAUCACCGGCGUGCGAGAGGUUGGUAACGAACUAUUCAAUGUUUUAUCCACAGAUUGUAAAAGAAUCCAGGGAUUGUACGUACCUCGUGCUGAUCUGGUAUCAUGUGAAGCCAUAGAGCAGUUUGUGGAAAAUGCGCCGAUGUUAAAACGGGUGAAGAUAACAUUUAAUAAAAACAUUACUAAUAACUUGUUGAUUAAAAUGGCACAUUCAUGUCCACUUUUAGUCGAGGUAGAUUUAACCUCGACCCCACAAAUAAACAAUGACAGUAUUGUCACCUUAAUGACGGAAUUACCCCAGUUGCGAGAGUUCAGAUUGACUCAGAAUAUGUUGUUAAGCGAUGCAUUUGCUACACAGUUGGCAUUGAAUGUCACUAGUCUACCAGCUUUAAGGCUUGUUGAUUUAUCUGCUUGUGAAAGCAUUACUGACAAAACGGUUGUUAAGUUAGUGCAAUUGGCUCCAAAGCUACGAAACGUUUAUUUGGGUAAAUGCAGCAGGAUUACUGAUAAUUCUUUGAUUGCAUUGUCCAAGUUGGGAAAAAACCUACAAACUGUUCAUUUUGGCCAUUGUUUCAAUAUCACGGAUGAGGGAGUAAAGGUUUUGAUCCAGAAUUGUCCCAGAAUCCAGUACGUGGACUUUGCUUGUUGUACAAACUUGACCAAUCAUACUUUAUAUGAAUUGGGGGACUUAACAAAACUAAAAAGAAUAGGGUUGGUGAAAUGUUCUCAGAUGACAGAUGAGGGUUUAUUAAAUAUGAUUGCUUUGCGUGGUAGGAAUGACACAUUGGAAAGAGUUCACCUAUCAUAUUGUACUAAUUUGACUAUUUAUCCAAUAUAUGAGUUGGUAAUGGCUUGUCCAAAGCUCUCUCAUUUGUCAUUGACUGCGGUACCUUCUUUUCUCAGGCCAGAUAUCACACAAUUUUGCAGACCUCCUCCUAGUGAAUUUACCGUUAACCAACGUCAAAUAUUUUGUGUGUUUUCUGGCAAAGGUGUGCAAAAGCUCCGUCAUCACUUAAUGAGUAUGACUAGGCCCACAGACGGACCAACUACUAAGGUCAGGAAGAUACUAAUUGAGUUUUUGAUAGCUAGAGGUUUAUUCAAGCCCAAUGAAAAUGAGGAAGAAGCACUAAAAAGGAUAGCUGACGAUAUUAACCAAGAAAGUGCCGCCCUAAUGACUGCAUCUAGUAUGUUUAACGCCGCAAAUGAACCCUUUCAGAGUAUCAAUUUUGAAAGGAUAGAUGAACUGUUCACCUUCCUAAAGAGAGUUCCACAAGACGAUUCUGUUAGUAGCGAGGACCUCGCUGAACUAAUGCCAUUGGUAGACGAAUCCUUCUGUGAGGAACCAUUCAGAAGCGAAUGGCGCGAUCAUGAUGGAAUAGUAGCACCAAGGGCUUCAAAUGAUUUGAACAGUGAAUUAGCAGAUAUUGUCAGAAAGUUUCACGCGUUGAAUGAUCGCAUUGCGGACUUCGAAGUAAAUGUUUCCAGUAUUAUCAGAAUUCAGUUUCAGUAUACGGGAUCUAUGCUAGCUGAAAUGUCACACAUCUACAUGCUGUUAGUUGAUUUGAAUCGUACUAUUUGUGAUAUACAAAAGAGGAUCUAUGAAAUUAACAAUCCAAGGGAUGUGAAGGCUAUCACAAUCUGGCGAAUGCUUUGGACACCAAGGUUUGAAGAAAUGUUGAGAAAAUACAAGUUGGAUACGGUUGUACUAAGAUUGUAUCUAAAGAACAAUGUGGCUGUUUUGACCAGACAAAGGGAGGUUGCCCUCUUGAGAGCACGCACAUUGUGGGAUACCGAGCAGUCCGGUCUGGUUCAAGGCAACGGUGCGGUAAAUGGAAAUACAGUAGCAAGCGACCCAUCCGUAGUUGCAGCACGUCAACUAUUCCCGCAGUUCCAAAUUCCAGUAUUCAGACCGACACAAGAUGGUCCGCCACCUGAUCAAGAUGACGAUGAAGUGUUGGAGGAGUCAUGA